AGAAGAGAUCUAAUCAUCCAAACAUGCCCUAAUGAACUCCCUGCCAAUUCCCAACCUAAUUCUCACCACUCUCUCUCAUUUCGUGUCACUUAGGCUUCGAAUCACCUGACGCAGGCUAGAAUUCCCUUUAUCUAUCCAUAGAAUUCUUUUCAAAUUUUGUUUACUCAUUAAAAUCUUCUCAUCUUCACUUCAAAUCGCAAAACCCUCCUUAAUCAGCAAUGGACGCCCAAAGAGCUUUGCUAGAUGAACUUAUGGGUGCAGCUCGUAAUCUCACCGACGAAGAGAGAAGGGGGUACAAGGAAAUUACAUGGGACGAUAAGGAGGUUUGUGGGUGCUACAUGAUCCAAUUUUGCCCUCAUGAUCUGUUCGUCAACACUAAGAGUGAUCUAGGACCAUGUCUGAAGAUUCAUGAUGACAAGCUGAAAGAAAGUUUUGAGAAGUCACCAAGACAUGACUCGUACGUGCCCAGGUUUGAAGCAGACCUCGCUCAUUUUUGUGAGAAGUUGGUGACGGACUUAGAUAGAAGAGUUAGACGUGGGCGAGAACGCCUUGCUCAAGAGGUAGAAGUUCCUCCACCUGCUCCAAUCUCAGCAGAAAAAUCCGAGCAGUUAUCUGUGCUGGAGGAGAAAAUAAAGAACCUGUUGGAACAAGUAGAGUCCCUUGGGGAAGCUGGCAAGGUGGAUGAAGCCGAAGCAUUAAUGAGAAAGGUGGAAAUGCUUAAUGCUGAGAAGACAGCCUUGACUCAACAGCCACAGAGCCUGUUAAUGCUUGCACAGGAGAAAAAGAUGGCUCUCUGUGAGAUAUGUGGUUCUUUUCUAGUAGCAAAUGAUGCUGCAGAGAGGACUCAGUCUCAUGUCACUGGCAAGCAGCAUAUUGGUUAUGGCAUGGUUAGGGAUUUCCUGACCGAGUACAAGGCUGCAAAGGAGAAGGCAAGGGAAGAGGAAAGAUUAGCAAGGGAAAAAGAAGCAGAGGAACGGAGGAAGCUAAGGGAGAAGGAAUAUGAGAGUAGACGUAAAAGAAGUGAUUCAGCUGACAGAGACGGGUAUCGUGAUCGGGAUCAAGAUAGGGAGCGAGACAGGUACCGGGACCGUGACCGUGAAAGGUCUUAUGAGAGGAAUGGUAGAGGAAGCCGGGAUGGAGGAAGAGGCUUCAACUGGAAGCAAAACAAUUUCAGGAAUGGAAGAGAUGGAGGCAGGGACAGGUACCGUGAACGAAAUGCAUAUAUGGAGCGUGAUAGGAGCAGGUCACGUUCCCCUGUUAGGCAUGGUCAUAGGAGGUCGCCCUGAAGUCAGUUUGCCCAUAUUAGUGGAUUGCAUAGAUAUUUGUCUGAACUUUGAAGCCGGGAUGGAGGAAGAGGCUUCAACUGGAAGCACAACAGUUUCAGGAAUGGAAGAGAUGGAGGCAGGGAUAGGAGCAGGUCACAUUCCCCCGUUAAGCAUGGUCAUAGGAGGUCUCCCUGAAGUUCAGUUUGCCCAUAUUAAUGGAUUGCGUAGAUAGUUGUCUGAACUUUGAAAUCAAAAGAGGUAGAUUUUUUUUUUAUAUCUUAUAAAAGUUUUAUGAAUGUGUGUUUUUGGGGUCUCAAGUUAAAUGUCAUCAUGGGUUAAACUUUUUUCUGUGCUCACAGCUUUUAUUGAGACCAUACCAUCUCCCUAUCAUCAAUAUAAAUUAGAGGAGAAAGGGUUGAGGUAGGUAUAACUUCAUCGUUGUAACUCUUAUGUUCUAUUUCAAGCUUUGUUUGAAUUAAAUCUCUCUUAUGAAUCACCUCAGAAAUAUAUUUACAGAGUUCUUUUUACCCAUUUUAUGAGUUCAUUGCGGUUUACCAUAUUCAAAUAAUUAAAAAGGACAGAUUCAAUAAAUAUGCAUGGAUAAUACCGCUGCUGGAGGAGACAAUGAUUUUUUUCCUAACCAUGAGGUAACUGAAAAUUCCCAAUUAUGUCAUGGUUUGAUUUCUUAAUUAUCGCAGUUGUGGGUUUCUAUUUUUUCACCUGAUUUUCAGUUGACUUGAAGCAAAUUCGUGCUUGUGGUUACUGAAUCUUUGGCAUGCUUGUGAGCUUUUCAUGGUAUCUUUUUCCACAUAGGUUACUUUUUAUGUCCUUUUUUAUCGUGUACAGUAGAUAUGAAACCUCCUUCCCCUGCCCUUCCUGGCACCUAUGAGCGGAGCUCUGUAUGCACUACGCACAUGAAUGCCUGGUGAACAAAAUGAGGGAACGAGGGGAGUAGGAGAAUAACUGAUUUGCAAACAUUACAAUCAUAUCCUUACAUGAGAAGAUACUUAUUAUCGAGAAACUGGGUUGUUCUGCAAACUUCAAAAAAUGAGAAUUGGGCAAUGAGCCACUUUUUUAAAUACAGGUAACUCUUUUAUAUGCAGAAUGACAUUUUGUGGCUUCUUUUCUACUCUUUAGAGAUUAGUUUGCUUAGCAGUAGCCUGAAAAUAUGCUACAAUGGACUGGGAUGCAAGUCUUCACCUCUUGAGGUAAAUAGAACUUAAAUCCACAGAAGGAUGUUGUCGCGCCUGGAUUGGAACAAAAUAUGCCAAAAUCUGGGUACGACAAAUGCCAUAUUUUCUUUGUCCCUUUUUGCAGGGAAGAAGAUACUCUCUGGUGAUGCUUGUUGAGAUUUGAUUUGCUGAUGGGUAAGAAGAUUAUUUUUUUAGUGUUACUCCCAUGGGAGUUUUGUGCAGGGAAUAAAUUUCAGGCGGUGCUUCCUAAACUUGUUAGCUUGGACAGAGUAUUAAUGGAGGAGGAAUUGUAGUUGGUUGGACAGCAUUAAGUCAUUAAUAACUGAAGAUUCUACUUGAACCUUUAUUAUUUUUUCCAUAGUUUGACAUGAAAUAUGGUAUGCAUCGCACUAUAGCAGUAGGUUUUUUUAUUUUUAUUUAUUUAUUUAUUUAUUAUUAUUAUUAUUUUAUUUUUAAUUUAACCUCUGAAAAGGUUUGGGCCAUUUAGCAGACACAUUGAUUUAUGAAGCAUUUUUUUUUUUACUUUAUUUAUUUUUUUUAAUUAUCUAGAAAAUUAAUUAAAUGUAUAAUAUUUUACUGAAGCUGGACAUUGUAUUUUACAAUAAUUUUGUUUUAGAUGUGUUCAUUAUGGUCGUGUAGUCAAUUUAGCCACUAGACUGUUCUAGAAAUGCAGCAUUAGUCUGGUGGCUUUCUAGUAAAUGAAUGUGAUUACUGAUUGAGGAUGUUUGUUUCUUGUUCAUUGCACGAGGUUAUAAUAAUUAUUCCUGUUCAGGGAAUCAUGAGGAAUUAAAUUACUUUCAUUAAAUGUAAUCUGAUGAACAGGAGAGUGCCACUGGAGAUCUUCGUGUGUAGGCACACGGGGAACUCAGCUUGGUUGAGGCUUCUGAGCAGUAAAACCCAGGUUUUUUUGGUUAGGCAUUGGUUGAUCCCUGAACUGUGUGUGUGUGUGUAGAGAGAGAGAUGACACAGAACUUAAAUUAGGACUUGAACAUGGGACCUAGUGAGUGACUUUUUCCCAAAAACAAUUAAACGACAAGCAGUCACAUGUAUUAGAAAAACCACACAAAACAACAAACGGUCACAUGUUUUAUUAGAACAACCACAGAUUUAAUCUCCUUUAGUCCAAAACAAAAAGCUCGUCACAGUUCUAGAGUGUUAUCAUAUUAAAUUUUCUGCUAAUUGCAACUAAUACCACAAUGGUUCAGGAUCAAAUGAUCUAUAUGAACUCCUAUAUAAAUAUAUCCCUGGUCGGUUAGUAGCCUUUUGUUAAUACAAAUGUGGAUAUAAAACACUUGUGGCUACCAAAGAAAAAAGCUGGAAAUUUUCAAAAUGUAAUUUUUCUUUUCUUGUGGUGUGGAUCAAUGAAUAUUUGUGUAUGAGCUCCUUUUUAUUUUUUAUACCUUUGAACAAACACAAUUAUCUGUGUAAAAUUCACUCCACAUAUAUAUAAAUGCUGUUCUUAAUGGAUUCAAGGAUUUGAUUUGCAAUGCACACGUACUUUUAACAUUAUAUAUGUCAUCAAGGGCAGGCAACCAUAUAGAAUUGUUAAUGGUCAAUGGAGGUUUGAUAGUCACUUUGCGGAGGAUGUGAGAACUGUCAUUGCUGCUGUACCUAUUUCAGCUUCUUCUGAUGCUGUUGUUUGGAACCAUGGUCCUUUCUGUUUGAAAUCUGUGUGGAGUGCUUGUAGAAUACUGCCUGUUUUGUUAGAAUGGACCAAAUUAUGCAGGAAAUUUUGUCGUCCCAGUCUCAAUUGCUGUAUCUUUGAUAUUACAGCUUAGGAACUUGUCCUUUGUGCAUCUUCAGAGAAGAGGUAACCCCUUGACAUCUAUCUGCCACAAUUGCUUUGCUGGGUUGGAUGACAAUGAUAAUUUGUUUUGUUCAUGUACCUUCGCUGCUGCUGUUUGGAGGGAGGUUUUGGGCAAGCUGAACAUGGUGCUAGGUAAUUUUGGCUCUUUUGAGUGAUAUUACUGACUAUAUGUUUUGCAUCUAUAAAAUUCGUGCUUGGAAUGCUGUUCUUCAUCAAUCUUCUCCAUCUCCUCCUGCUGUUCUAGCUACCAACAUUGCAUGGGUAGUGCUUCAUGCGUUGAAGUGCUCUCUCGAAGACUUGUUGAUUGUUUUUCAGUAGUUUGUCUUUUGGGCCCUACUGGAAAUGGGCUUUUUCUAUAUUUUGAUUUGUAUCAGAGGGGUAUGCCCAUCUCUCUCUCUUGUACUAUAUGUUUUGCAUGUAUAAAAAAAUUUGCUGCCACCAUUCACCGAAAAAAAAGAAAAAGAAAAAAGGACAGGCAAUAUAUAAUUAAUUACUACCUAUCUCAGAACCACCAGAAAAGCUGAUGCAUCUUUAGAUCCGAAGCAGCCUCAGUACGAUGACUAGUGGAAUGGACUCUCCCCAUUCUUCCAACUGAGUUCUCUAUUCCCUUGGCUCCAAUACUGUGUGCAUGUAAUAGCUCUCCUGGAAUCUCCCAAGAAAGGAAAACUAUAAUAGUUGUAAUACAAAGGUAGAAAGUCCUUUACAUUAUAAUAUAACCAACGUCAGUGGCUUACCGGGAUUAGAUUUUUAAUUUUUAAAGGUAGGGCAAGAGACAAUGAUUUCGCAAUAUCAUAUCCUUACCUUUCAAAGGUAAGUUAAAAGUUUAAGCCUCCAUUGAAGCAUGUGUGCGAAUAUCAAUUAAGAAAAAAAAAAAAAUAAUAAAUUUGAUAGCAUCGAGCAUUAAUAAUAUCAUUUUAUCACUCAGGCUUGUGAUGUGGCACAAGUCUUUAUAAUAUUAAAAUGAGAAAUAAGAAACGGAUAAAACUAACUUUAAACAGGUUAACUGAGUCUCUGUUCACAAAGGGAGUGUAUAUAUCAAGAUUGAGAUAAUUCAGAAUUUGCUUUAAAAAAGUCAGAAAAAUUGUGAAAAAAAAAAACCAAAUAUAUAUAUAUAUAUGUAUAUAUAUAUGUACCAAAAAGAAAACAUCAAAAUGAGGGUUAUUUACAUUUGAUUUGCCUCACAAGACACAAUUAUAUUGUCUCCAUAUACUUGCAUUUUAUCUUCUAAAUACUAAAUACAUCAAAAGGGUCACAUGCAAAAAAGUUUCAUUUUCCUCCCAAGAAAAUUUUGAAGCCAUGUAUGAAGAUUUUGUUAGAAAUAUUUAAUAAAAAUCGUAAUUAUUAUGAUUUUCCAUUAUUGUUUUACUACUUUUUUUUUUGCCCUAGUUAAUACUUACAGACCCACCAUUAUUGUUUUAUUGUCUAAUAUGAGAUUAUUUUACUUUAAUUCCUAUAUUUUAAUGAGAAAGUCUAUAAAAUGGCCCUCCAUUAUAGUGUAUAUAUAUGGGUGCGAGAGUGUGAGUCUAUUAUUAAUAUUAAGAGCUUUGCUAGCAACAGUGGACAAUUUUAAUUGUCCCACGUAAGAAUGGGCACAUGAGGUCAUUUUUUUUUUUUUUUCUUUAAUUAUCUUGUUUUAAGACACACUUUGAAAAGAGAGUUUUGACUUACUGAAUUGCUUAUUGCCAUUUCACCUUCCCUUUAACCAGUCACUUUCAUUUUUUUUUUUCGUUUUUUUUUUUUUUUUUUCUCAUAUGAUAAAAACAACCUUGAAGAAGACGAUCAUCACCAAACUGAGUCCAAUAGAAUUACAGUAACAAUGGACAUUAUGAAUUCUAAUAGAAUUCCAGUUCUCCUUCAUUUAUCUGGUCAUUGCACUUUUUUUUUUUUUUUUUCCUCAUUAUCACCAAAGUCAAUCCAAUAGAAUUUAUUUAUUUUUUUCCCUUAUCAUCACCAAACUCAGUCCAAUAGAAUUACAGUAACAAUCGACAUUAUGAAUCCCAAUAAAAUUACAGUAGCACAUUAUUGCGUUUUCUCCUUUCUUUAACACGUCAUUGCACUUUUUUUUUCCUCAUCAUCACCAAACUCAGUCCAAUAGAAUUACAGUAACAAUCGACAUUAAGAAUUCCAAUAGAAUUACAGUAGCACAUCAAGUAAACCUAUUGAAAAUAAGUGUAAAUUAAACAUUCAUCAAGUAAAGCUUGUCUCCAUCCAUAGACAAAAGAUUACAACAUCAAUUUCUGAAAAAAAAAAAAAUAAAUAAAUUAAAAAAAAAAAAAAAAAAAAAAAAAAAGAGCUUUGCAUUAAAUAAAAUCCCAUCACAUCUCAAAAUAUUACUCCGUACAUGAACAAAAUAAACAUGCCAAAAAAAAAAAA